UGUGAAGUUAGGUUGAGCAGCAGUAGAUGGAGGAAGCUCCUUAGUGAAUGUUGAGUGUAUUCUGUGAGAGUGUGCUAAUAGAGCCAUGACUGGAUUUCUUUGGUUGGGCAGCAUGAAUUGUGAAAGGUCAUGGCACUGAGUCCUGAUGAUGAAGACUAUGACACCUCUCAGUCCAGGGCCUCAGCAAGACUAAAACCUCGGCCUGCACCUUCUUCGGGACCUAAGCUUCUUGUCCAUAAAUCAACAAGUGGUGCGCGCAGACGCAGGACACGAUGUCGCAAAUGCGAAGCCUGUUCACGCUCAGAGUGUGGCGAAUGCCACUUCUGCAAAGACAUGAAGAAAUUUGGAGGUCCUGGCAGAAUGAAGCAGUCCUGUAUCAAGAGACAAUGUAUUGCUCCUGUGUUACCACACACUGCAGUCUGCAAGAUCUGCGGUGAAGCAGGAAAGGAAGACAAUGUGGUGGAUGAAGCAGAGAAAUUUAAUGCUAGCUUAAUGGAAUGCUCCAUCUGCAACGAAAUCUUACACCCAGGAUGCUUAAAGGUAGAAGAGUCUGAAGGACAUAUAAAUGAUGAGUUGCCAAAUUGCUGGGAAUGCCCGAAGUGUAACCAGGAAGGAAAAACAGGCAAAAAGAGAGGCCCUGGGUUUAAAUUCGCCUCCAAUCUUCCUGGGUCUCUCUUAAAGGAGUUUAAACAAGGUGAAGAUGGAGGGAGACGGAAGUCUGAAGAUCUUGGACGUCCCAAAAUGGAGGAAUAUCAUCCCAAUAGGCGGAAAUCUGAUGAUGGUCUGGGGCUCAAACGAAGAAAGGAAAAGGAUCUACCAACUGAUUUGGGCCCAAGGAAAAAGCUAAGAGGAGGAAAGGAUGACAAACUUCAAAAGAGGAAGAAACGGGAAACAACUCCAAAUUCUGAAGAAUGCGCAAAAGUGAAUCACCUUGAAAGAUCAGAAGACGCAGAAAGAAUAGAACGGAUACGACAAAUGAUAAAACGUGUCAACCGAAAUGAAGCAACCAGCUCCAGCUCUAGUUCUGAUUCUGGCUCCGAUUCAAGCUCUGGAUCAGAAUCCAGCCUACAGAGAUCAGCAGGAAGCAGUGGUGGAUCUAGUCCAAGGUCUAUUGCAAAGGCAGAUAAUCAAAGGUCCAAGCUCAGAAGGCUGUCUAAUGAUAUUUUUAGUGAGGAAGAUGAUGAGGAAGAGGAGGAUGAAGAUGAAGAGAAUGCAAGAAACAUAAAAAGCAAUUCACUUUUGACCUCAAAGGAUCGAGAAAAUAACUAUUAUUCCCUGCGAGGGGAGAAUAUUCAAAAGAACUCCUUUAGGACAGUGGAGGUUUCAUCGAAAAAGAAAAAUGGUCCAUCCAGUCAGCUUUGUCACAAGGUUCUAGGAGGUUUACCUCGUCCUCAGAUACUAAGCAAGCUCCCUGUGCAGUCUCCUCCUAAGCCAUUUCAAAUGGAGCGGCAUGUGGUGCGGCCUCCACCUGACAGUCCUGAACCUGAUUCUCUACCAUUGGCUGGUGGCUCAGAACAUGUGAUGCAACGGGAGGUAUGGCUGGCAAUAUUCGGGUACCUCAGCCAUAAGGACCUAUGCAUCUGUAUGAGAGUGUGCAAGACCUGGAAUAAAUGGUGUUGUGAUAAGCGGCUGUGGACCACAAUUGACCUGAGUGGCUGCAGAUCAAUCACUCCAACUAUGCUGAGUGGAAUCAUCAGGAGACAGCCCAUCAUAUUGGACCUUAGCUGGACAAACAUCUCCAAAAAGCAACUCAGUUGGCUCAUAAACAAGUUACAAAAUUUGAAAAUACUGGCACUAGCAGGUUGCAUUUGGAGUGCGAUCUCUGCGCUUUGUACAGCAAGUUGCCCCCUUCUACAUAUGCUCGAUCUUCGCUGGGUGGCGGAUCUCAAAGACUCCCAGAUGAAAGAGUUGCUUUCUCCGCCUACAGAUUGCAGAGUAGGUCAGAACUAUAAUCACAGCAAACUAUGGAACUUGACAGAAUUUCACUUAGCUGGUCUGGACAUCACCGACUGCUCACUGGCACUGAUGACCCGCCACAUGCCAAUGCUGAACAAGCUGGACCUCAGCCAGUGCAACCAUGUGACCGAUCAGUCGAUUGCCCUACUGACAGCACCUGGAGCUUCUACACGGGAAACACUGACUGAAAUUAACCUUUCAGGUUGCCAUCGAAUAACAGAUCAGUGCCUAUUGCUGCUUAAACACUGCCCAAACCUUAUUCGAAUCGACCUUCGGAAUUGCAAACUGAUUUCUCCCCAGGCCUGUCAGCAGCUUGUGGAAGGCUUGACAGCUGCUGCCCCCUUUGAACUCUCGGAAGACAAAUUAUUAAAGAGAAGUUUACAAUUGACAAAAUAGCCUCACGGAUGCCCAUAAGCCUUGCUGAAAUGUUCCUCCAAGUCCUGACGGAGACAGCGCGGAUGUAACAUAUCAGAAUUGCCUCCGCCUGCUGCUUGGGGUGGGGGGGGGGAGUGUGUGUUUGUUGGACAUGCGUGACAGUCUGGAGUCGUCAUGGUGAUCAUGUCUUUCACUGCUGGUAAAGUCAGUGAUCCAGUGACUGCAGUGAUUCAAGGGAAAUUGCUGGUGUAAUUGCCUUGGCCUAGAAGAUGAAGCAUGGUUUUGGACAAAAAUGUUUUUGUAUUGCAAAUACAGGGUUCUGAGCAUUAUGCUCUGGUAGUAAAUUCCCUCUCCUCUCUUCCCCCCGCGCGUCGCGUUUCCCCCCAACCCCCCACAUCAACCUUAAAGAGAAAAGAGUAAUACGGUAGAUUUAGGGGAUAUUUAAAAGUACACAGAACAUGGAGAUAUUAUGCAUGUUUGAAAACAACACAAGAAAGCUUAAAGAUGGGCUGCAAUUUAAUUCUGGAAAAGACAGCUGCCAUUUUUUCUUCAAAUCUAAAUUUGAGUACAGUCCAAAGCAAUAUCCAGUACUUUUAACAAUUACAGUGCAUUUUUAGUUACACUUUGAAGUGUACAAUGUUUCAGUUGACAUUCCGUUUUGCUGCAUUUCAUUUCUAACCUAUGAUGCAUAGGUUUUGGGCCAGCACAUUAUCUUAAUACUGAAAAACAAGCUCAGUCAGUUUGCAAAACUUGAUUGGUGAAAUAAUUCCUGACACCAAUAGACUCCAUUCAUUCCUGUGAUGGAUUUUUCUCAGUGACUCCUUAUUCCUUUGGUCAAAUCAGACUGGCUCAUUUAUUUAGGCCAAAUUGGUUGCUGUAAUGCUCUAGUCCUGCUCAGAAUUGAGGAAAGGAUGUGCUGUGAAGUGUCUGACAUGUUUUAUUACAACAUUGUGGUUUAUAGGGUGUGCUUUACUUUAUAGUGAUCUGCAAUGAUAUUGUUUGUAUUUCAGCAUAUUUAAAAAUGCACCAUGGCAACCCACAUGGCCUAAUUAAGUGAGCAGUGUUUUAAUCAGAGAAAUUGAACGUAUGCAAUGAUUGCAUUGAAAAAGUGACUACUCUUGAAAUGAAUCAUUUUGCUAUUAGUUGUUUUGUCUGCUUUAAAUAUGAUAAAGAAAAUGGAAGCAUUAUAACUGUUUUAGACCAUUUAGACAAACAAAAUUAUAGGACUUAUGACUCCUAUUGUACCAACUCGUUAAUAUUCCAUCACUACAAUUCCUGCCAGGGAACAGCAAUACUGGAAAUUCCAAAAUGGUUCAUUGCCGAUGCAAAAACAAAAUAUGAUGGUGUUUUUUUUUUAAAAGAAUUUGCGUUGAGUAAGGCACUUGCUUUUAAUAAUUAACUUUAAUUGUAAAUAACCAUGCCCACCCUAAGGUGCCCUGUGCCAGAAAAAUUUGCACAGUUUGUUUCUAUGAUGCGCUUAAACAUGACUGCUUCACUAACUAUAGGGAAUUUUAAAGUGCAUCUGUAACAUCUAGCCUGUAGAUAUCAGCAGAAUUUUUUAAAAUCUAAGUAUGCUGCCAAAAACGUCACUAAAUGGAAAUGCUAUGAGCAUUUUGAGGUACCACGCAUUUCAAUAACAGCUGAUAUAAAUUCUGGUUUACUUUUGCCCACUGAGGAAAUCUUGUUUUACUGGUAUGGCCUCGUAUUAAUGUUGGAUGUGUGUUUCGUUGGUAAAUGUGCCCGUUACCGUAGAUUAUAAUACAAGUGAACUAGUUUGUUCUCCUCAAGGGUGAAAAGCCUUUAUCUUGGCUGAACCAGCUCUGAAAUACCUAUCUUAAUUUAUAGUUUUCAACAGCCCUAGUUAGAGCUUUAGGGUUCAGGAUGUUUGAUACUUUCUUACAUUAUCUGAUUUGUAGUUUCCUCCUUUUGAAACAAAGAUUCUCUGGUUCUAUUUUUAAAAAUUUAGCAGAGAGCUCAAUUUUCCCCAAACAUUGCACCCAUCUUUAAGCUUCAGUUAUUAGUCUGUGCACUGUUAGAGAGGGUGAGUAAAUGUUUGAUAAAUGGAGGACUUUCCUUACAGCCUUGCUUAUUGUCUGGCUUCAAAAGCGAUGUAAACCUGCUUCUUGUCCUCAACUGUAUCUCGCUUCCUCACUACAAAUAUUAGCAGUAAAGAAUUCCAAGAACUGGCCACAGCAUGCUACCUAAUGGAUAAAACAGAAUACCUGGUCUGUAUAACUCAUCUAUACACAAAGAAACUGAAUUCAUUGUAUAAGAAUGUACUAAAUUUCUGUCACACCUACACCCCUUAGAACGUGGAUGGUACUUGUUUAAAGCAGCAGUCGUAAAAUUCUGUGCAUUAUACUGAGGCACCUGCGGCUUCCUGUAAGCAAUGGGGAGAUCGUUCAAGUGGGCUCUGAGAUAGAUUAAACUUUAAAGGGGUGUGUAAUUAAAUUUAUACCUAAAACCAAAAUAUUGACGGCUUUGUUUGAUCCAAAGAUAAAAUCGUCGGUAACAAUAGUGCUGAAAACAGCGCAAUAUUCUGAAGAAAUUUUACAUUUCUUCUAUUGUACAAAAAUUUUUUUUUUUUUUUCUGUUAACCAGUGCGGCAUGUUCCCCUUUCUAUGCAUUGUGAGCUUAUAAACUCAUUGGUCCACAGCCUAUGCUCCAUAAAUGAAUACCUGAAUGUGCAAGCUGAACAGUCAGUGGUUAAUUUUUUUGGGUCACAACACCUGACAUAAAUGCUCCUUAAAGGUCCAUGGAUGAGGUGUUUUCCUUCCCAGUUUUACAAUGGACUUGUUUUUUUUAAUUUCAGCAAAACUAUUUUCCUGUAAGUCUAACCUAGUUUCUAAUUGUCUUUUGGUUUCGGUGGCACUGUGCUGAACUGUGGUUCAUCGUGCGAACCUAGCUCAGUAUGGAUUAUCACUUACAUGUGUGCACUCAGUGAAUUCAAAUUGUAUGUAUAAAUAAAUUUUAUACAGAAUGCACACACAAUGGCGCAUUUGUUUACACGCUUACCCAAUGGUGCAAGGAAGCUUAAUCUAUAUGUGAAACUAAUAUGAAAGCAAUUUUGACACCAGUUUCAUAUAGGGUUUUAAAUCACAUGAGGUUAUAUAGUUCUCUGUUAAUUUCCUGUGGCUUGUUUGUGACUUUUGUAUCUAAUAUAAAAUUUUAUGUUGUACCAUUGACACCUUAUUAAAGAAAUACUCCAUAAUAAUGCAGCUAAUAGGAACUAAUCCCUACUCUUUUUGUGCUAAUUUGGAAGAAUUUUAAAAAUCGAUUUUUUUUUUUAAAUUGCAAAGAAAAUCCAAAUUGGCAGUUAGAGGAUAUGACAUAACUUCAAAAAUAUAUUUUUUUAAAUUGGUAACUUCACUUUAAGAGAAUCUCCUGCAGGAUUCACCAGUGGCUUUUUUUUGUGUAUGUGGGUGUUUAAAACCUUUGUUUUCUUUUCUCCUUUUUAAAAAUUGUGUUUAUUUUUAAACUCUGAGCUGUCAUUUUUAGUAUUUCUGUCUUAUUCCACUUUUAGAGCACCUGGGGAAUAAGUUUUCCAAAAGUUUGGAAUAUUUUUUCAGUACUAAGACAGGAUUCAAAGGGUCACUAAAAUGAAAAGGGAUUGUGUUAAACUCAAUAAAAAAAAUCUGCUAAAAGAUGGCAUUUAAAUAAUUUUUCUCAGUUUUCUCAACUCUUCAUUACAACAAGAAGGAGAACCACGGACUGGAUCUAAUGUGUAGGAUCACACUGUCUAAAUUCCAUUGUUUGGCUGGAGGAACGUCUGUUCUUUCCACUGAUGGAUAAUUAGACAGGAACACCGUUUUAAUUCAGUGAUUUGAGUUAUGAAGCACAAAACCUUUGGUGUUUUGUCCUUAAUGAUGCUGAUUGGUUUGUCAGCACAAAGCAGAGCACCAGCCCACAUACUUAGAAAUGGCAGCAGCUAAAUUAAUUGCCAAUAUUAAACACAUUUUCACGACUUUGCCCUGUCUAACCAUUGUGUCAAUAAAUGACAACAUGGCAAUGCCAUCCAGAUGUGUCUACCAAUAUCACCAGCUUUCCUUUUUAAAUCAAAAAUCUUUGAGUAUUUUAUAUCAAAAAAAGCAAAUUAGUUUGCCAAAGGUAAAUAUUGCCAUUCAAAAAUAUUUCAACCCAUAAAAUGUUGCAUUGUUCUUAAAGUCCUCUACUAAAAAAGUCAGAGCUUUAUAAAUUUUUUAAUAUAAACUUUUCAAUGGAAACAGCAUGUAAAACAUUGAGAAUUAUUUAGUCAGUAAACUAUAGAAACAUGAGGUGUCUGAAAUAGUUAAUUUAUAUACUGCUUUUAUCUAUUGAAUCCCUUCCUGGGCAUAGUGCAGUGAAGACCUAAUUUAUGCAGUUCAGUAUGAUCCAAUUUUUGUGUCAACAACCUAUAAUUUGUCAUUUAUUUAGAGACACUGGAAAUGGUACCGUAGGUACAGUAUAACUUGCCAACGUGAUUCAGUAGGAGAUGGGUCCUACUAAUAAAGUGGAAGGUUGGUUUAAAUGAGCUGUUGGGGACUGAAGCCACUGCACCUUUAAUAUAAGAUGGGAACUGUGACUAGUCAGUGCUCAUCAGACUGGAUGAAUGCACGGAUAAAUUGUUUUUUUACUUUAAUGUAAGCUUUUAAUUUUAUUUUCAGUUUUCAGAUAUUAAGCUACAAUUGGGCUUAUAUUCUGUAGCCAACAUGGGUCUGGUGUUUUUAAAUGCAAAACAUUGGUAGGUUUUAUGGUUUUUUUAAAAGUCUAUCAUAGUUCAUAUUUAUAUAAGAACACCAGCCAUUCUAACCUUCUGCCACUAGAUGUCACUGAUAUGCUUCAAGAUGUAGUGUCACCUUUCAGAAGCUCCCAUUUUGCUGCCAUUAAACCCUCCUGAGAUAUUAAUAAAUAAUCAAAGCCCUAAAGCAUUCACAGGCUAAGCCUCAUUCAAAAGGAAUUGGGCUCUGGAGGUCAUUGGAGAAAGAGUUCUUCUAUAUGUCACAAGAGCUCUUUGCCCAUCCACCAUUUCUCUAGAUUUCCACUCCUUCAUUGCCAGAAUGGUAGUCCCAAAGCAAUGUAUGGACAUUAGACUCUUGGAGCCUAAUCUACAGCAGUAAAUAUAAAAACAACCUUCAAUGUGUUAAUUAAUGCAGCAUUAGUGGCCUAUGUGGGAGUCUUUUCCACAUCGCUCUCUAAAGGAGGGACAGAGCACUUAUAUUUGUGUUCUUUUAAUUUUGUACAAGUACUCAACUUUAAAUAGCCUGCCAUUAACAAUUCCUCUCAUCCAUUUUCAGAAAUCUAGCUUGCAUUUCCUAUUCAUGCUACAGAGGCGUAUCACUCUUUGCAUAGGUUAUAGAGCAUUCUUGCCAUUGUGACAGAGAGAAAAGUGGCUAUGAUGGCAAAAUAGCAAGGUUGACACAGGCCCACUUCAUGUCUAUAUCUAAUUGAAGACUGGUUUGCCUUAUGGGUUGUAAGUUUUCUUCUAACUCCAAAAUAGUUCUAAGUGGCAAAACAGCAAAGUGGAUCACCCUCUGAAUUUUCAGCCUUUGUUUCAUCAGUGUUUAUAAUAGGAAAGAAUGAAUGGGAUUAUUUGACAAUGGCAGGGGUCACCACUUGUUUUAAAAGUUAUGAGUAGUGAAGAUCAGUCAGGCAGGCCUCUAUACUCUUUUCACCCCCUCCUCUUUCCACACCCUUCCCCCUCCCCAUGUUACUUUCACUGCCAUUGCCAAAUCUUGUGACUGACAUUAUUUGAAGUGCAUUUCCCUUAAGUAAAAAAAAGUACAUUUGGAUAAGUGCUAUAUAAAUGCAAGUUGCUGUUGAGUUUGUUUGAGAAUCCCUCCAAAUAUUUGGUUAACUAAGGAUGAUACUGAGUUAUGCUUGCUCAUUUAAAUAGUGCCUUCUAUAUCUUUACCCUAUUUGUGAAGGGAUGUGUCUUUUUAAAUUGAAGCCAAACUGGCUGAAGCUUGCAUUCCAUAAAGUUAAAGCCUAUGCCCAUAAUUACAGCUUGUGAAUAAUAUAAUCAUAGAAAUGACUUGCUGAUAUUAGUGGACAAAUGCUUUGAGUCCACAUGAUAUUCUUCUGCCUAUUUUAGCAGAGACGUUAACCAUUUAAUAUAGACAGGUUAACACCUGCGUUAAAAAUAAAAUAAGCAGAGGGCUGUCAUAGAAUACACUAAGCUAUAGGCUACUGUCUAAAUCCUGUAAAUUGGACCUGCUAAGGUGGUCCCUGUUACCCUGAUCUGAAUGUCCAAGAAAAAUGGUCUUUCUAAUUGUUAUCUGAAUGCUUACUUAUCUGAAUGCUUGCUUACUAUUGCUGUUCCCUAAACACACAUUAGAAGUAGGUGUUUACUAAUAGUUGUGCAUGUGGAAAGUCUGGGGUAUUAUACAGCCUAAUAGUGCACAUGUCUGUCAGGAGUGGGGUAUGCACAUGCACAUAUCUCUGUUCCUCUUGUAGCUAUGUUAAGAUGGUAGAGAAGUGGGCAGCAUUUGCUACUUUCCUACAGAUUUAAAGACUGGAUGGUAUGAUGACAUUCCCCAGCUCAGCUCUUUUAAACCUGGCUUAUUACUAGACUCGAGCUGUACUCCACCUAGUGUACUCCUCCUCCAAACACAGGUUCUCUUCCCCACAUGGGGAUUUCUGACCCUUAAUCCACGCCCAAACUAUUCUGCACUGAAAACCAGUAAUUGUAUUUUUUUUUAAAUCUCUUCAGUUCCUGUGACCUUCACCUCAGAACUUCCUUCCCCCUCUGGGUGGCCAAAAAAUCAAAAUGUCUUUGUUUGAUGGCAGCAGCAUUUAUUGAAUUUCCAAGGUGGCUUCACUGCAUUUUUGCCUAAAGCUUGUCAUGGAACUUAAUCCUCACUUUUGGAAAGUCAUUUCAAGUGUGUUUUUUUAACAACCAUGUUAUUGUCUGUAAAAGUUGAAGAUGAUUGUUAACAGCAGUGUUUGUGAAAGAAAAGGUAAUGGCUUACAGUGCAAAAUAAAAUGGUGGCUUCAAGAGAAACCCAAACAGGGAUAUCAAGACUUUUACAGUGGUUUUCUGAGGUCUUGUGUAAAAUGGCAACUUCAUUUGGAACUUUAGUAAAAAGAAAUUCCAAAGUUUCAAGACCUGUAGCUGUCUUGGGGUCUUGUUAAACAAGCAACAUACCUGCAGUAACCACAAAACUAUUGUGCUGUAAAUGUGCUACUCUCAUACAUCUCAUCGUCUCCAAAGGGCUGAUUUCCUUUCUCUUUUUGCUCCCAUCCGGCAGCCUGCUUUAAAGCAUACAGGAUUUCAUGAAAGGACAAUCAAAAGCGAUAUAUUUAUUGCAUAUUAAGCAAAACUGAACCAGGAGAGGUCCCAGUGGUUUGACCCCACCUCCUGUUACACCAGUGAAAGGUAUAUCUGCUGUCUAUGACUGGCUGGAAUAAUUGGUAGGCACAGACUACACACUGCAUGUCAAUGUUGGAAUAUCCUAUACUGUAACCUGUAGGUUAACCAUUUAAAGUGUCAAAUUGUGUUGCUUACAUGAAACUCUAGUCUAAAGCCUAAUGGCUAGCCUCAAGACAUUGGAACAAAUGGGUUAUAAUUACAUUUAAAGUUCAACUUUAUCUCCCUUCGGUUGUUUAAGAUGUGUCGCUUUAAAAGAUUGGUCAAGUGUCUCUAGCCAUUGGAAUGACAUGGUGCACCUUCUGAUUUUAACCUGUCCCCUUCCAUUGAGUUUCCUUGCUGGUUAGGAUCCAUGCCUCUGGUGUAGUAUGUUAUGACAUAUAUAAAGCGGUUCUGGCUCAAGUUGCUUGUUUAUACACAAGUUGAUUUUCCUUCUGUGUGGUUCAAGCCUGUGGGUUGUGGAGAAAUUCUGUUUAAAUUUAGUCCAAAUAAAGAGUUGUCCAUUCAGUGUCUGAUUCAGUUAAAAUACUAUCAGCUAGGUUUGUUAAUUACUUUAACGCUUAACCUUGUUGUACCCACAUGUGAAACUUGAUGGAACAGGUUGAGCUUUGCAACUCCAUCAUUCUUGUAACCACCUCCUCUAUAUUAUGUCAUACCUGCGGCAGGGGGAAUAUUAAGCUUUUUUGGGUUAUAUUCAUUUAACCUGCGUUCAUGCUUUAACGUUGUUACACCACACUUUGUUUUGGGGGCAUUGUUUGAACUGGCUUUCAUGGAAAGCAAAUUGGAGGGUUGAGUCAUUUUAAUGUGUAGCAAUAUUGACCAAGUACAUUCAGGAUCCUCAGACAAUGAGAACAAGCAGGGGACUGCUGAAAGGACCCUCUAGCUCCCAAGAAUUGAGUUUUAAUGUUGGGUAUCUAUGUGUCAUAUACAUAUUUAUUGACCAAAAUACUUAGUGAGGGCCACACAAGUUCAUGUGGGAUGCCCAAUAAUUCAGGUUGUGAUUUUUGUUCCUGGUGUUCUCCUUGUUAAUAGAAAAUAAAUGCAGAAUUUUGUAAAGAUUUGAGUAAUUUCUCAGUUGAUGUUUUGUAGGCAUUAUACCACUUGUAAAUAACAUUCUGCUGGUUGGUUCUUGUACCCCUGACUGAUCCUUAUUUUGAAUCUGUAGCUGCACAAAAACAUGCUAUACUUCAGAAAUCUCAACUAUACUUGAAUAAAAUUUUACUUUAAAUUUAAA